GUUAAUUCCUGUUUAUAUGUCCUCUUAUCACGCUUGACGAUACGUCCAUUCUCUGAUCCCGCAACCAGAAAGUCCCAAUUUCGUGCCGAGGACCGUCUACGAAUAGCUGCAACCGCAUCACAACCCUUGCUCACCACGCGCCCAGAACAUCAGAGAUCAUGAAUAACAGGCCUGUCGAGCAGGCGCUGGGCACGCUGCUGCCGACUCAUGCGCAGGAUCUUCCACCCGAGCUUCUCAGCCUCGCCAUCUCGCUUGUUGCGCAAUCGCGCAGCUUUUCUUCCAGUCUUAAGCCCGAAGAAGAGAUCGCUCGUCCGUAUGCGUGCGCUGAAAUCGCCUGCAAAAGGUUGACCCGCGCCCUCAAACUACCUCCUCUCCUCGGCCACCCACCCUGUCCCCCACGAGCCUACAAAAAGCUAUACGCUUUCCUUGACCGAUCUCUAUCGACCAGUCUUACAGGCGCAUCACGCGCAGGGACUGCCUCAGCCCCAGGCACACCAUCUCGAACGGGAACUGCACCAUCAACACCGAGAAAGGGAACCCAAACAUCAACACAAAAGACCCCUUCGAAAACCCCUUCGAAAGCCACCGCAACUCCGCGAGAAUUACAAAACAACACGCCUACGAAAUCCACCCCCCUCAAGAGAUCCCUCACUCACGACACCGACAAACCCUCACCAUCACCCAGACCGCAGAAAAUCACCAAGCUCCGCCAAAAUGGCAUCUCCGGCUCUACCAUCAUCCCCGACGCACCCGGUUGGGUCAUGACCUCUAUCCGAACAGUCUGCAAGACGCUUUCGACGCCAGCACCGCGCAUGAGCACCUGGUCUCGACCACCGAUCUCGAGAACCCUCCCUCCGCAUAUAUUCGCCGGUGUAUCUACCAUAUUAUACCUGAUUUCCGAAACGACGGCCAAACACGACGAGGAAAUCGACGAGGAGAUGAUGGAGUUCCUAGAGCCUGUGCUCACAGUCAAAGACAAGGAAAAAGACGAGGACUUCAAGGAAAUUAUCAAUGCCUUGAUUGUUGCGGUAUAUUUCCUUGUUCUGGCCCGACGACGCCAACCGUCCGACGACACCUCAGAAGCAGAGACAAAGAAAAUGGACAAGAAGACCUUCUCGGAAAUGCGUCAAACCGCGCUGGUUAGCCUUGGACUUCCUUCGACUGAAAGACGACACCGAGAGGACGUAGAUCAGUGGAUUGCCCUGGUCAUGGAGCAGAAUUGGGCGCACGGGAAAGAAUGGUUUGAGAAUAUCCCGCUCGCGGGGGAGUUGGAUGGUGAUGAGGGAGAUUUGGCUGAUCAGGAUGCGGAGGGGGAGCAUGGAGGUCCUGGUGGGACAGGCAGAGUGGCGGUUUCUGGUCGUGGGUCUUUGGUGGUUGGAAAGUCUUCCCGACGUGGUCUUCUUCCUGGACUGGGAACCAUGAUGCAGGAUCGUGUGGAUUGGUUGAGUGAGGACCGACGCGAGGAUUAUGUGGAGUGGAAGGUGGAGAUGUUGGCGCGUAUUGAGCAGGUUGAGAGAACUGCGCAGGCUGCCUGAAGGCAAAACCUGAUACUGUAGGAUAAUUCAAUAUGAUACCCAGG